GAUACGGUGAUUUGCUAUCGUUCUUUUAAAAAUCAAGGUUUACAUCUUUUUACACAAAUGAUUGAAUCCCUUUUUUUAGUGUAGGGAUCAUAGUUUUUUUUGUUUCAUCUUUCUUUCUUCUGUUGAUUUGUUAAUUGAUAGUUGGUCAUUGGGUUGGAUCCAAAAUUUCGUUAGGUUUUGUGAAUUAGUCCUUUAUUUGUAGCGAGAUUGGGAUUUCUGAAUUUGUGUUUACAUUAUUGUUAGUGGAAUCAAUUAGAGCAAAUUGGAAUGAUGGGAAUCAAGAGGUAUAAGAUUUGAGGCUGGUAUUUGAUGGGGAAUACAUGUGUAGGGCCAAAUUUGGGCAGCAAUGGGUUCUUACAGUCUGUUACGGCAGCAAUCUGGCGAAAGAACACUCUCCCUCCUCCUAAUGAAGAAGCCAGCAGUAAAAAGAACGCCAAUGUGGCCAAUUUGGAAGAUUCAGAAAAAUCAUCUUCUGGGGCCUCCAAAGGAUCUGAGCCUAAAGGGUCUGAUUCUAAAGGAUCUGAACCUCCAGUUGUGGUCCAAAGUACACCGCCUACACCAAUGAAAAUAAGCAAUGAGGAGGCUAAAGCAGUCGAACACACUAAGCCAGUUAAGCCUGAGGUGAAGGAGGGUGGAAGUAAGCCAGUGGAGGCUGCAAAGCCUAAUAAGCCUAAUCACAAUAAAAGUGUGUCGAGUGUGGGACUUAAAGUUGAAUCAGUCCUGCAGAGGAAAACUGAGAAUUUGAAGGAGAUUUACACAAUGGGGAGGAAACUAGGACAAGGGCAAUUUGGGACGACAUUUUUUUGUUUGGAGAAGGCCACAGGAAAGGAAUUUGCUUGCAAAUCCAUAGCUAAGAGGAAAUUGACUACUGAAGAGGAUGUGGAGGAUGUUAGGAGGGAGAUUCAGAUAAUGCACCACUUGGCAGGGCACCCGAAUGUGAUAUCCAUUGUAGGUGCUUAUGAGGAUGCUGUUGCAGUUCAUGUCACUAUGGAACUUUGUGCAGGUGGGGAGCUUUUUGAUAGGAUUAUACAGAGGGGCCAUUAUUCAGAGAAAAAAGCGGCUGAGCUUGCAAGAAUAAUAGUAGGUGUUGUGGAAGCAUGCCAUUCUUUAGGGGUUAUGCAUCGAGAUUUGAAGCCUGAGAAUUUUCUUUUUGUUAAUGAGGAGGAGGACUCACCACUUAAAACGAUUGACUUUGGUCUCUCAGUAUUCUUUAAGCCAGGUGAAACAUUCUCUGAUGUGGUUGGGAGCCCUUACUAUGUGGCCCCAGAAGUGCUGCGGAAGCAUUAUGGUCUAGAAUGUGAUGUUUGGAGUGCCGGGGUUAUCAUCUAUAUUUUGCUAAGUGGGGUCCCACCAUUUUGGGAUGAAACGGAGCACGGAAUAUUUGAACAAGUUUUAAAAGGUGAACUUGACUUUGCAUCUGAACCAUGGCCAAGUAUAUCUGAUAGUGCAAAAGAUCUGCUUAGAAGAAUGCUUGUAAGAGAUCCCAAAAAGCGGUUGACAGCCCAUGAAGUUCUUUGCCACCCCUGGGUCCAGGUUGGUGGUGAAGCUCCAGAUAAACCUCUUGAUUCUGCUGUUCUGUCUCGUUUGAAGCAAUUCUCUGCCAUGAACAAACUGAAGAAGAUAGCCAUCAGAGUCAUUGCAGACAGUAUGUCUGAAGAGGAAAUUGCUGGACUCAAAGAAAUGUUCAAGAUGAUUGAUGCAGAUGGUAGUGGACAAAUCACGCUUGAGGAACUGAAAAAGGGGUUGGAGAGAGUUGGUGCCAAUCUCAAGGAUUCAGAAAUCAAUGGUUUAAUGCAAGCGGCGGAUAUUGACAACAGUGGUACCAUAGACUAUAGUGAGUUUGUAGCCGCAAUGCUCCAUCUAAACAAAGUCCAAAGAGAGGAUCAUAUGUACGCAGCUUUCUCGUAUUUUGACAAAGAUGGGAGUGGUUGGAUCACUGCAGACGAGCUGCAACAGGCCUGUGAGCAGUUUGGUUUGGAAGACGUUCACAUAGAAGACAUUAUCCGUGAAGUUGAUCAGGAUAAUGAUGGGCGCAUCGAUUACAAUGAGUUUGUCGCUAUGAUGCAAGACACUGGUUUUGGCAAGAAGGGAUUGCAAAACAGUGGAGGCAUUGAGUUCAGAGAAGCCUUUAAGCUUGAUAAUACUUGAUCCUAGCACACAACGCUGGUUUCAAGAAGUGAUUGCAAAAACAGUGUAGGUAUUUAGUCCAGGGAUGCCUUUAAAGCUUGAUAAUACCAGAUCUUAGAGUGCGGAAAUGCAUAUAAUAGUUGUGUUUGCCGAAGAAAGAAGCUUUUGCAAAGAUUAUAUGCGGAGCGAUGCAUUAUCAGGAAUCACGCACGGACUGAUCAUUCGUCAGAAAACGCGAAGGAAACCUGUAGUAUUGGGAAACUUGGGAGUCCAUAAUUGUUGUAAAGAUCAGUUAGCCUUCAGAAAGGGCGACUGUGUUUUCACACCCUUUUAGGGUUUGAGUGUUAGUCAUUAGGCUCUUUUGUCCUCGAUAAAACUGUUCAUAUUUCUUCCAGUCUCUUUAGUUUACGUUUGUACUUCAGCUUUAGUUUCCUCCUUUUGUUGAACAUGUAUUCUGACAGUAGCUAUGUACAUGUUUGACAUACGAUUACCAUGACAUGCCCU